AUGAGCCACAGUAAACACUUUCUUGACCAUGCCCCCGAUUCUCCUAGUUCGGGGGACUGGAAUUUUGCUACCAAUUCCGCGUUGUCUGCGCCAUGGACCUUUCUUCAUCCAACAAACAAACUUCACACUCAAUCGGUGGCCCUUUCCAAAUACAUAAUCGAUGCGCUCGCUUCUUCUGUUUGCGCCUCACAAAGCGCCCGUUUUCAAAACAAUAGGAAACGCAAGAGACUGGGAUUUGCCCAAGAACACGACAAUCACGUUUUGCAGCUUAAACAACUAUACGUGGAGGGAUUUUCUUCCGAUCAGAUAUGGGAGCAGGCCUUGAGAAUUCUCCAGUCCUCCAGUGAAGAAAUUGAGCAUGAUUAUACGCGGAACGUGUCCUUGCACCAUGCACAAAUUCCUGCAAACCGUUCCGAUGACAUGAAACUUGAAACCGACGAAUGGCCAAUCGGUGGCUCGAACACCCCUCUUGAAGAUGAUACAGAUCAAUCGAGUGAUGGUUCCGAAGAAGCCGGCACAGAAUCUGUAGUGGGUUCUGAUGCGCUAUCGCACUCAGAUUCAGAGCCCAAAGGCAUGGACGACAGGUCGGACGAUGGUAAUUCUGAAGAUGGGGGUGAUAAAAGCCACGACAGCCAUGGUCAAGAUACAUACACGCAAGAUCGUUUCAAUCUUAACGACGGCUUUUUUUCAAUCGAUGAUUUCAACAGACAAUCGGAGGUAUUCGAGAAACAGGAUGCCAGGGGUGGAGCGGAUGAUGAUUCUGAUAGUGAUGAGGAAGAUAUUAACUGGCAUUCUAACCCGCUGGCCUCUGCAAGCUCAGUCGCAAACCCCAAACCCCUUUCCCGUGAUACCGGCUCCGACAAUGAAAGUUCGAAUGAAGAGAGCGAUGAAGAAGGGCCCACAUUUGAUAACAUGGGAGUUCAUCAUGAGCUGAGCUCAGAGGGCGGCAGCGAUGCUGGUGGCGCAGAUGAUAAUGGCUGGGUCGACACGAGUGAUAUCAAAUAUUCCGACUUCUUCGCGCCGCCUCCCCGUAAAGCCACCGGCAAGAUAUCCCGCCCCUUACCAAAAACACAACCUCGCGAAACAGAUGUCGACAACGAUAUAGAUCGUGCGAUGGCCGAUGUUCGCCGCGAUUUAUUUGACGACGAAGGUUCGGCUGACGAAAUGGAUGCCUCUGAUAACGCUUCGGGCGAACCCCAAGGCCAACGUUCGACUCAUGAGAAACGGCGCGCGCAGAUUGCCGAUGAGAUUCGACGCCUGGAAGCCGCCAAUGUUGCCAAGAAAGAAUGGAUGCUUGGGGGUGAGGCUAGAGCGGUUGAAAGGCCUGUGAACUCUCUCAUCGAGGAGGAUAUGGAAUUUGAACGAGUUGGAAAGCCGGUGCCGAUAGUCACUGCGGAAGUCUCGGAGGACAUCGAGGAGCUCGUCAAACGUCGAAUUCUUGCGCUAGAAUUCGACGAGAUCAUUCGUCGACACCCUGGCAUUUCAGAUGCACGAGAUGCACGGAGAGCGCGGUUUGAGUUGGAUGAUGCUAAACCCCAGCAGAGUCUUGCCGAGCUUUAUGAAACAGACCAUCUUCGUGCCACGGACCCGAAUUACGUUGAUCCAAAAGAUCAGAAAUUGGUGCGAGAGCAUACGGAGAUCACUAAUCUAUGGAAGGAAGUAGGCUCCCAACUGGACACCCUCUCAAACUGGCACUAUAAACCCAAGGCUCCUCAGCCAAGCAUAAACGUGGUUGCUGAUGUGGCAACAAUUACCAUGGAGGAUGCGCGACCAACAGCAUCCAGCACUGUUAAUGAUACGGUUACUCUGGCGCCACAAGAAAUUUACAAACCCGGCGAUAAUGGCAAUGCUGCCGGUGAAAGGGUUCUGAAGAACGGGGCAUCGGUAUCCAAGGAAGAGAUGACGCGGGAAGAGAAGGCUAGGCUUCGGCGCCAGAAUAAGAAGCAAAAGAAGUCCGGAAUUGACCACUCAAAGCAGACAUCUGGGAAAGCGGCCGAGAAACAACAAGUCGUGUCUGAUUUGAGAAAAGGCGGCGUUAAAGUUAUUGGGAAGCAGGGUGAGGUCACUGACAUUCAGGGUAACAGAGUUUCAGAGAUGAGCGCUGGAGGCCGUGAAAAAGGUGCAGAUAUCUUGAAACUAUAG